CGGCCCUCACCCGGCCGUUGCCCGGCUGUUUCAGCGAGACAAACAAUAAAGGAGAGGAAUCAGGAAACUCCCCAGCAUUUCCAUCUCGCCGUGGCCAGCAGACAAUAGUCGCCGUCACCGGUGUUUUUGCAGGAUGUUCUUGCACCUUCCCUUCCAUUACAAGAAGAUUUUGUUUACCACUGGAAAGCAAUCACCCAUUACUACAUAGAGACCUCAGAUGACAAAGCUCCUGUGACUGAUACGAACAUUCCCUCUCACCUGGAACAGAUGUUGGAUAUUCUAGUUCAAGAAGAAAAUGAGAGGGAAUCGGGUGAAACAGGACCAUGCAUGGAAUAUUUGCUACAUCACAAGAUUUUGGAGACACUCUACACACUAGGAAAAGCUGAUUGUCCUCCAGGAAUGAAACAACAAGUUCUGGCUUUUUAUACAAAACUUCUUGGAAGAAUACGGCAACCUCUUCUUCCCCACAUAAAUGUGCAUAGGCCAGUGCAGAAAUUAAUCAGGCUCUGUGGUGAGGUUCUGGCAACACCAACAGAAAAUGAAGAAAUUCAGUUUCUGUGUAUAGUAUGUGCAAAGCUGAAGCAGGAUCCAUACCUGGUCAACUUCUUCCUUGAGGUCAUUGAGGAUCCUGUUUUGCACCUUUGCAGGAGGCAGAAUAAGUUAAAAUCGAUGGCUCUCCAAGGAUCAGCAAGUGUAAUCACAGAAGACAUGAUAAAAGACCAAGAUUCCGUGGCAGCAGACACGGGGCAGCCUGGGCAGCCUGAGGAGACGCCUGGUGCUGCCGGGGCCGAGCACAUGGAGAAGGAGGAUGAGCUCCCACAACAGGCAGAGGAGCUCUCCUUCAGUCUGGAUGAACUCAAUGUCACAUCGUCACCUGAGUCCUCCACUGCUGGUCCAAAUCAAGACUAUAAUUUAGUGAAUUCUCUACUAAACCUCACUAAAAGUCCUGACGGCCGGAUAGCAGUGAAGGCCUGUGAAGGUCUCAUGCUUUUGGUGAGUUUGCCAGAACCAGCAGCUGCCAAGUGCCUGACUCAAAGCACUUGUUUAUGUGAAUUGUUGACAGACAGGCUGGCCACCCUCUACAAAGCCUUGCCUCAGUCACUGGAUCCCUUAGACAUUGAAACAGUGGAGGCAAUUAACUGGGGUUUGGAUUCCUACAGCCACAAAGAAGAUGCAUCUGCAUUUCCAGGGAAAAGAGCAUUGAUUUCAUUUCUUUCUUGGUUUGACUACUGUGAUCAACUCAUCAAAGAAGCACAAAAGACGACUGCUGUUGCUAUGGCAAAAGCUGUGCGGGAACGAUUCUUCAUUGAUGUUAUGGAACCUCAGCUGAUGCAAACUUCAGAGAUUGGAAUCCUCACGUCAACUGCACUGUUGCACCGCAUUGUUCGUCAGGUGACUUCGGAUGUGCUGCUGCAGGAGCUGGUGUAUUUUAUCCUUGGAGAGCACAGGGAGCCAGAAACCCUGACAGACAUCAACAGGCAUCCAUUGCGGCACAGGCUGAUCGAGCACUGUGAUCACAUUUCUGAUGAGAUCAGCAUAAUGACUUUACGAAUGUUUGAGCACCUUUUGCAAAAACCCAAUGAGCACAUUCUUUAUAAUUUGGUUCUGAGAAAUUUGGAAGAAAGAAACUACAUGGAAUACAAGCCUCCCUGUCAAGAAGAUAAAGAUGUGGUAGAGAAUGGACAGAUUGCUGGAGCAGUAGAUCUGGAGGAAGAUCCAUUAUUUACUGAUCUGUCUCCAGAUAACACAUUGUCAGCUCAGGAGUGGCUCAGUGCUUCUCCACCUGUCAGUCCAGAACAUCCAAAAAAUGAUGGGAAGACUGAAGUUCAUAAAAUUGUAAAUAGUUUUCUCUGUCUUGUACCUGAUGAAGCAAAGUCAUCAUACCAUGUGGAGGGUACAGGUUAUGAUACUUACCUCAGAGAUGCCCACAGACAAUUCCGGGAUUAUUGUGUCAUUUGCUUACGGUGGGAGUGGCCUGGAUCUCCCAGAUCUUUGGAAAAGUGCAAUUUAGAAGCGUCAUUCUUUGAAGGACACUUCUUGAAAGUUCUGUUUGAAAGAAUGGGGAGGAUUCUUGAUCAGCCCUAUGAUGUAAAUUUACAAGUUACGUCAGUGUUGUCCAAACUGUCCCUGUUUCCCCAUCCUCACAUACACGAAUACCUUCUGGAUCCUUACGUCAACCUCGCCUCUGGCUGCAAGUCUCUCUUCUCUGUGAUUGUCAGGGUGGUCGGGGACCUCAUGGUUAGAAUCCAGCGCAUCCCAGAUUUCACUCCCAAACUUCUGCUGGUCAGAAAACGCCUGCUGGGCUUGGAGCCAGAAGGGCCCAUCAUUGACCACAUGACGUUACUAGAGGGCGUGAUUGUGCUGGAAGAGUUCUGCAAGGAGCUGGCGGCGAUCGCCUUUGUCAAGUACCACACCUCAGCCACGCCCUGAGCAGCCCGGCCCCGCCGGAGACAAGGCGGUGCCUCCCGGCGGUGGCAGGGGAUGUUGGGAAGACAGGUUGCUUUCACCAGAUGUUGAGAUUGCAAAUGGACUUGGAAUAUGAGCAAAGGCAUUUGGGGAGAAACCAAUACACGGCAUUUCUAGACCCUGUGUGAAGAGCUGCAAAAGCUGCAUGAAGAACCACAGCCAUCAGACCUUGGUUAUUCUGAUGACAAUGUUUAGAGAGUUUGGGCUCUUGUAUGUCCUGGGGCUCACAUGCAACAAUUUGCUCUUUGUGACCAUAUUACUUUUUAAAAAGCAAAUUAAUUUUAUAACAUUUUUAUGUCUUGAUACUUCUUCUUUUCAGUUAGAUAUAUGAAAGAAAAACACACCUAUAGUUGCAACGUAUUUUAUUAAAAAUGAAGAAAUUAAAAAAAAUCCACCAAUCCAUAUGCAACAGGAUAUGUUAAUGAGGGAUCAUUUUGCUUUUGGUAGAUCUUAAGUACAGCUCUGAGCUUGAUUCCUCAUUGGUUUACUCCAAGAAAUCUAUCAGUCUAAAAUCAAUACUAAAGAAAUUAAUCCUGAUUCGGCAUUACAUCCAUAACAAAUAUAUCUGAAGUGUACAUGUGUGUAGCAUGUUUGUCAUUCCAAGUGAUUGGUCUCCAGGUCAUCCAUGUAACUAAUUAGCUUUAGCUUUUUACAUGGGAGCUCUAGUUGUUAGGCUCAUGUCACCUUUACAUUAUAGGUUGAUUAUAGGUCAUCAGUAGUUGUUGCUGAAACAGCAUUUUUAAUUUCUUUUAAAUUGGUAUUAGUCUGAAUUGGUUGAAGAAUCCUUUGUGCCUUGAAAAUUGACAGCAUAAACAUUUUGUUAUUUUGAGAGACAUUUUUAUUGCUUAUCUAACCAUCACAGUGAUGCCAACUCAGUUAAAGCAUUGAUAACUUAUUUAGGACCAAAAUUUGCACUGCUUUUCACAGUGCUGGGAUGCAGGAAUGCCUCUCAGUGACUUCCUUUCCAUGUGAAUGCCAUCAGCCAGGGCAGGCACUGGCAUUGCAAGCAGAGGCCACCUCAGGGUGCUUUGCUUCUGCCCUCCAGAGGCUCCUCACAGCCAGCAGCCUGUCUGGACCUUGCAGUCACACCCAGUGACCUGUGCUGCUCCCCUCACUCGUGGGUAGGACCCCUUUCCUCUCCUUUGAGCAAGGCCAGGUAGAGCUCAGCUCCUUCUGUUUACAUUGCCUUUCCUCGUUUGUCUUUCCUCCCCCCUGUUUGCACAGCUAAUGCCCAUUUCAGAUGUCACUGCUCAUAUGCAAACAUGGACUAAUUUAUUCAGUCACUAGAAUUGCUCUGAAUUUACAUGACUGUACCUAGAAUCAGAUUCUGCUCUUUGAAACAAGCCUUUGAGGUCUUGUUUUUUAAUAUUUAUGGAAGCUGGAUAUUAAGAGACCUUCUAAGUUAGCAGGUUAAUUAGAACACUGUCACAGUUAAUGGGCUAAAUUUAUUCUUGUCACCAGUGAAGAGCAUCCUGCUGUAAAAGCUUCCAGUACAGGAUCAGCUGUAGAAAGCAGUUCUGGAACUGGGGAAACGUUUUGGUAGGUAAAAUCUGUAUUCAGUGGCUCCCUGUACUGGGACACUUUUGUAAAUACUCUUGCAUUUCUCUGGCAAACAAAAGCAUGCUUUACUUCUUCACCUGUUGGGUUUUUUUCUGCAUUUAGCUCCAAAGUGUUUUCAGGUCCAAGUAGCAUAGUAGGACAAAAUUUGAAAAAAAUGCAUUUCAUUUUCUUCUUGAGAAACAUACCUUGAAUAUAACAAAUCAUUUUUAGUGAUCUGCAUUGCAGACAGUCCACAUUAGGACCUUACUUAAUACCUGACACAUAGUUUAUAAUAUGUUGAUCUCUAUGCAGAGUGAUGUUUAAUACGUACAUUUGUUGUUUAUAAGGUCCCAAUUCAGCAAAACAGUUAAACAUAAACUUAAUUUAAAGUAUUUUUUCCUUAAAUCCCAAUCUUUUACAUGAACAAAGUUAAGUAGUUGAGCAGAAAUGCUGAUGCUUUUCUGAAUUUGGGUCUUUGUUGGUUUUGCUUGAGCUUAAUUACUUUUUCCGCAAAUCAUCUAUUUUUUUUUUUUUUUAAGUAUGUGAUCCAGAAUACUUGUAAUGUCCCAGUUUCAGUGGAAACUGGAAAUGAUAAUACUACUGUAAAGGAAAGUGAGCGAAAUGUUAAACAAAACUUGCAAGAGCAUUCCAAGUAAUACAAGAAUUGAUAAAGCCAUUCAAGAGUUGCCUGAUCUCAAAUGAAAGCAUUCACAUCCCUUCCUUUGUCUGGCUGUUUUCACUGGUAGCAGAACUCCUUACUCUGAAAGGCUGCAGCCUCUGUGGUGUUCUGAUGCAAAGCACUGCAGAGCUGCAAACACAGCUCCUUAAGCUUGUCCACGGCAAAAAUAAGUAGAUAGAACUAUGAUCACUCUUAAAUUCAGUGAUUGUUCAGUCUCCAGUGAUAUUGUGAUGUUCUCUUUCAAACCACAUGUUAAUUAGUUGAUAAAUUUAUAAGACAUGGAUCCAUCCUCACACAAGUGAAGCCAUCCUUAAAGCUGCUUUAGCCUAAACUGCUUUUGUGCGUGCUGCCUACAAACCCUUAUUACCAUACUGAUGACAAUGACCUUUAUUUUUGUAAAAGUGCUUUAAUCUUUCUUAAGAGAUGGAACUCAUUUAAUUUUUUUUGUGGUGAUAUUUUUCAUGCACUUUUUUUAAUGAUUAGAAGUUAGUUCAGGUCCAUGUUUUCACCUUUUUGAUCUAUGCAUGUCAUGAGGAGCCCAUUUUGUUUCUGUGUGCAUAUGUUUGUAUGUGGUUAUUUAUUACCCAGAUAGGGCCACCAGAGAAAAUACUUGGCCUGAAGAGUUCAUGGCUUGUGCAGAUCCUCCAGAUGUCAGUGGGAAAGACAAGUGCUCAUCACCUUAGAGAAUGGGGCCAUUGGUAUUAGAUUGAAAUACUUGAGAUGGGAUACUAGAAUAAUUUUUUAUUUCAAAAAGCAGAUCCAAACCACAUUCUAAUCCUGAUGCACAUGUGUGUAAAUAGAAGCAUUGUUUUAUUUUAUUUUUUUUGUUGUUCAUUUAUAGUAUGUAUUUGAUUUAGACUCUGAUUUAGAAAUUUUUGUAAUAAGCCAUGUGCUAGCUCUGGUAGAACGAGUUUGUCCUUAGGUUCUCCUAUGACUGUAAUAUUCCUGGUAUUCAGAUUCUGUCUGUGUAAUGUUCUUACUCUAUAUUUGUCUGUGCAAUAUAAAAGCUGUGACUUGAUGCACAGCUUGAGUCUGGUUGUACAUCACCUAUGUAUAUAUAUACAUAUAUAUAUAUAAAAGGACCAGAAUCCCGAGCUUGCUUACACUAUGAUUAGUGUAAAGAUUGCCACACUUCAUUUUACAGGGCACGAGUAAUCAUGGAAUGGCUUUGUAAAUGCAUGGUAAUUUCUACCAUAACCUGCUGUGCAAUCUCACAGGUGACAUUUUAUUAGUGCUCUUUGUCUUGCUAGAAGAAAUACUAACCUGAAGGACUUGGUGAGAUUAAAGUGUCUUGGAGUAGACCUGGGGCUACAUGGAAAAUCCAUAUCUGAUAUUGCAUAUCAUACAGGGUUUUCAAACCAUGUCCUCAAUGCUUCUGUGCCCUGUAAAAUAGUGUAAUUAUAUAAAAUAUAUACUCCUUGUUUUGCCUCCUGCCUUGUUUACAUUAAACAGAGGAUAUUCAGUAAAAA